CUUCAGUUCCUGAGAAUCAAACAGAGGCGACUAUGCCAUGCUGCUCUGUUACAGAGGGGCGGCCUGCUGGUUUGGGCGGGAGCGGAGGUCAGUCUUGCAGGCCUGCAGUUCUGCUCUCUGUGUCCUGAUCUUCCUGACCACUACACUAAGUACUGUAUCAGGUGGUUCUCCAGUGAAGGUGAAGCUUCAUGACUCUGCUACUCUGUCCUGCUCUGUGAGAUGCUCUGGUUUAGCGAGAUGGACUGUGUUCCACAAACGCAGUGACACUCUGGCUGAGUGUGAUCAGACUUCAUGUAGAUCAGUGAAGGAGGGAUAUCAGAUGAUCCAUGAUCAGUACCUGAAGGGGAAUCUCUCUCUCAUCAUCACUGACGCUGAUUUCAGUAAGAGAGGCUGGUACACGAGUGACUGUGAUGGUAAAGAUCUCUGUAAUGUGCAGCUACUGAUUGAGCCCUUGAAUACUGUAGUUCAGAUAAAACCCGGUGAGCCUCUGGUGCUAAACUUGGACGUAUCAGAUCCAGUGGAGGUGCAUUAUAACAGCACAGGCGCAGCCAAUCAAUCCAGUGGUCAGAUCUGUACAGUGGAUGGACGAUCACUACAGUGUAAACCUGAAUACACACAGAGAUCAUCACUCACAUCUCAUCUUGAGUUGAGAAAUGUGAUUCCAUCUGAUAGCGGAGUUUAUACUGUAAUGGAAGCCAAGUAUAAAGAGGUCUUUCACACCUACACAGUGACCGUCCAAGAUGAACAGCAGAGCAGGAUGGAGAAACAUGCAUAUCAGAAGGGACUUGAAGAUGGAUAUCAUAAUGGAUUGGGAAUUGGAGUGGUCGUUUUUGGAAUUCCUGGUGUGAUUCUGGGAAUUUUAACAGUGCCACGGAUGCGUCGUCUAAUGGUGAGUAACUUCCUGAAGUCUGGAUGCAUGUCAAGAGAUGCUGGGUUUCUUCACCAGUGAUGCUCCAUCAGACCUUUACUGCAGCACGCUUCGGUUACUGCAUGUUCCUGGGCCAUUUUAUCUUCAGUGACACACAAUAUGUGAAAAUCAUGCUUGAUUGGAUCGGGGUCAGGUGACUGAUUAGGCCAAUGCAGAAAAUUCCUCUUAUUUGCAUUAAAACUCUUGGUCUGUUAUUGCAGUAUGCAUCAGGUCAUUGUCCAUCUGCACUGUGAAGCGGUGUUGAAGCAUGUGACUAAAUGUGAGCAGAUAAUGUAGCUGUAUACACUGUAGAAUCCAUCAUGCUGUCUUUGUACAGUAUUUUUUAGAUGUUUUUGUGCAACUCUAACUUGGUCACUUAGGUAAAGCAUUCUUCUGUCAUCCACCAUAGGUUUUUUCUAUCAUUUUCUGGGCCUUCAUGUUUCUGAGCUGACCAGUGUGUUCUUUCUUUAAAAUAGUUCAGUUGGACACACUGAUGUUUUCACUACCUCUCUGAUGGCUUGUUGUGAUUUUUCAGGCAGCGAAGCUAUUUAGACUUCAUAUCGAGAGUUAACAGCAAUAGGUUUUAAAUGCAGAUGCCUCACCUGAAGUCCAGACAUUUAAUCUGACUACUAGUAAGAUAAUAAUGGAGUAACAUACAUCUGGCCAUGGAACAGCUAAACAGCCAACUGUCCAAUUACUUCUGAUCUCUUAAAAUUGGGGGUAGGGUGGGGUGGUGAAAACGCAGGUAGACAGCUAAAAUAGCAAUAACUUCAUCAACAUUCAAUAUGUAUGACUUAACUGUGUGUACAGUCAGACUUUAGCUGUAUACUAACGUUAUUUUUUUACUCAUUUUUGAUAUUUUGGAGGCCACUGAUUGUUUUAGUUUGCUUCCUCAUGUUUCUCAGCUGUUGGGGAACCAGUGGUGAAUCCUGACAGUUGAGGUACUUCCUUACUGUAUUUAAGUUUUCAAGUUUCUGCACUUUCUAUUUGCAUUUCUAUUUCUAAUAUUCUAUUUGUAUUUUUGUAUUUCUUUGUAUACUUUUUCU